AAGCCAUUUUGGGCUCGUUGGCUGUGCUUCUGACUACAAUGAAGACAAUGCUGAGACCUGCCUUUGCGGGUCUUCUUGUGGCCUUGGUUGCAAGAGCCGCCAAAGUGCAUUCAGAACACCUGGACAUCGCUCCCCCUACAAAAGCAGCCUCAUUCCAGAGAUUGCCAAAAGAGAAAUGCUCCGGCGUCCCCUACACCAAGAAAUCGGAUUUGUUUUGCGACGGUUGGACUGGGAUCUCGCUUGAGGAAUGCGAGCAGAAGUGCAUUAAGAAUGAGGUGGCGCCCAAUUGUCCCAACAAGACUUGCCAGGUCCUGGCCUUUCUUGUCGAUCCGUUUUUUCAAGGCGGCCAACUUCUACCCGGGCAGCAUGAAGUGCCAUCUCUUCGAUUUCUGCACCGAGCUCGAAGACGACUUCGCCGCCACAGGCCUGGUGCGCCGUGAGCUGCUCGAGGAUCUCAUGGACGAAGACGAUGAGGAUGAGCCGCUCACGGCAGUGACGGGUCCUGUGGCGGAGCUGGCCAUCGCGUUGCCCAUUGUUCUCAUCAACAUGAGCAACUACUCGGGGCAGAUCACCAACCACCGUCCUAGAUACAAGACCUACACCUUCGGCAACAUCAGCUCCGAUCUAGAAAUGCUCUACGACAAAGUGCAAGGCUUCUACAGUGUUUUGCACGAGAGCAUGAAUGGUACGGACGGCUUGAUGUACUGUCCCACGCGGUCGGUCUCCAACAUGAUGGAGUGCCUACGCUUGGCCACGUGUUUGAUCCAACGCCAUGCCCCGCAGCAAGUGCCCAUGGAGACCUAUGCCAUCCUUGAAGACUUGGUGACACGUUUCGAGAGCAUCACUUGGCCAGUGCUGAAAGGAGCUCUCAUGAACGAGGAAGGCACUCUAGACUUGAUCAAGAAGGACCAGCGACUCCCACCGCUCUACAAUUGCGUGGCCACAGAAGAGAUCAGCGAGGAGGAUGUUUCAGCACCGGGUGGGGUUUUCUUGCAGCUCCAUGAUGAAUCUGCUACUUCCAUGGCUUUGGCACGUGCCACGCGAGGUACACACCAGAUCUUGGACUCCCAUACUCACAACAGCUCCAUGACCGUGACGCUUCAACGGCUGGAAGAGCUUUGGCAGCCGCUUUGCCAGGAGUUGAAGUGUGACCACACGAACUACAACGACAUCCUAACGAUGUCCCACAAGCAAACUUUGAAGCUCAUGCAGACCGCGAGUGCCAGUCAAGUUGGCGUUGAAAUCAGGCAACGAAUUUGGUUGCAGCACAAGAUCCAGCACUUCGUCGCGAAGCACGGAGCCGAGGGUGGCUUCGAGUUCCUUCGUGCAGAAGGUAUCCAAGGAGCUUCGGCCGAAGCAUUCCAUGGCUAUGCCCAGAGCGGCCGCAAGUCCCUCCUGUCGCUUUCGCAAUCCUUCGAGUUCUCUGAAGACGAAGAAGGCCUCCGCUUGUUCGACCGGGAGCAGUACGCGGCUUUUCUCCAAGAGGAGCAGCAAGCUGCCCACGCCGAUGACAGUGCCCGCUCCGGAAAGGGCCGACGAAAGCAAAAACGUCAGGAGAAGAGGGAGAAGAGGCGGAUGAUGGCGAAAAAGAUCUUUGGAUGCCUGGGCAAAGCCUCCAUUUGGAAUGCGGAGGGUUACAGCCGCACACUGGGAAGCUACGUGGGAUUUAGCUUCGGGCAAGGCUUUGGUGCCAGCAACAAUGCCCUCAAUGAUAUUCUUAAAGGACAGGCCCCACAAUGGACGGCUGGUUACUAUAGUUUCUAUGUCAGCCUUGGAUUCGGGAACAUCUACAAGUGGUUUUGGGGUGGCCUCUCUGUGAGCGGUGCCUUCACCAUCACGCAGGAUUCGGUCCUGGUGGGAGUCUACGUCGGCGCGGUGGCCUGUGGUUGGGGCAAAGUCAGUUGGGUCACAGAGCGUUGCCCCUUUGGCGUCAAGGGCAACUUUGCAGGCUUCCAAUGCAUGCGCGCCACUGGGGUGACCAUCUCACUGUUCUGCUGCGGCAUUGACCUGGUUUCAGGGGACAACAGUUGCCGCUGACACGAACGCCACAGUGUCGCUUUCGCUCCCCGAAGAAAUCGGUGUCUCAAGACCCCAGGGUCUCGACGCCCAGACGGCGACGUCCACGGAGAAAGCAAG